AUGCAUUACUGCAGCUACGCCCGUACUGGUCCUUGUCAAAACAGACAGCUUGUGAACAGCACAGAGAUUCCGGAACUUGCAAAUCUCUUCAUCCUCAUUAUGAAAUUCUUUGCAGCAACACAGAUGAGUCGACUCUUUGCGUGGCCUAAGUAG